AUAACCAUGUUAUUUUUCUAAAUCAAAACAGAACGUGUUAGUAGUAGUUGAAACUUAUUACCACAAUUACCCACUUUUGAAUAAAUUUGGACAUAAUUUCACUUAUUAAAUUUGUAUAAAUCUUGAUUACUUCAUUCAACUGUCCAACAUUCAUAUCUCUAUUGUUUUUUUACUGUUGAUAAACAAGGUCUUUCGUCUCGAGUAUUAAACAUAAGCAAAAACCUGAAAAAUGAAGGUGACUGAGUUACCAGGAGAUGAGGACUCCGGCCCAACAUGCAGGACUUAUGUAUUUCAAAACGAAAGUCACACACUAGGCAAUGCAUUAAAAUGCAUUAUUAACAGAUAUGAAGAUGUAGACUUCUGCGGCUACACAGUACCACACCCAGCAGAGAACAAAAUGCACUUUAGGAUCCAAUCAAAAGAAACACCAGCUCUAGAAAUAUUGAAAAGAGGUUUCCAAGAUUUAGAAAAAGUAUGUGAACACACAAUUGAUGUAUUUGAGAAAGAAGUAAAAGAGUUUAAUAAAAUGUAAAAUGUU